ACGUUUUCCGCGUGUUUUCGAUCGGUUCUACAAGAACAUUUCUCUCGGUAGCACCUAUAGAUACAAAUAUAUAUACAUAGCUGCUCAGUUUGAAAAGCAAAGCUACCAACUAAAAUAUAGUUAUAAACUAUAAAUUAUAAACAGCUCAUAAAUCAAUCAACUCGUCCUGUCAACAUUAUAAUUAAUAAAUAAUAAAACCUAUUGGAUAACCGAAAAUUCUGCGCUUUUAUCUGUGUCGUGAAGUUUUUUCCAUCAAAGUUUGGCCGUGAUAACUGAAAGAUAAUAUUUUGGCCACGUAAUGUUUCCGAGCCAGAACAACGGAGCCGCUCCUGGGCAGGGUCCAGCGGCUGAUGGCCAACAGAGCCUCAACUACAACGGCCUGCCCGCCCAGCAGCAGCAGCAAAUGGCACAGUCCACGAAAAAUGUGCGAAAGAAACCCUACGUUAAGAUCACCGAGCAACCGGCGGGAAAGGCGCUGCGGUUUCGCUACGAGUGCGAGGGACGCUCGGCGGGAUCCAUUCCGGGCGUGAACUCCACGCCGGAGAACAAGACCUAUCCGACCAUCGAGAUUGUGGGCUACAAGGGACGCGCCGUGGUGGUCGUCUCCUGCGUCACAAAGGAUACGCCAUAUCGUCCCCAUCCCCACAAUUUAGUUGGCAAGGAGGGCUGCAAGAAGGGCGUCUGUACACUGGAGAUCAACAGUGAGACAAUGCGAGCCGUGUUCAGUAACUUGGGUAUCCAGUGUGUCAAAAAGAAGGACAUUGAUGCGGCGCUUAAGGCGCGCGAGGAGAUCCGUGUGGAUCCGUUUAAGACUGGCUUUUCGCAUCGUUUCCAGCCCUCGAGCAUAGAUCUGAAUUCGGUGCGAUUGUGCUUUCAAGUAUUCAUGGAGAGCGAGCAGAAGGGUCGAUUCACCUCGCCACUGCCGCCGGUGGUUUCGGAGCCCAUCUUCGAUAAGAAGGCCAUGUCCGACUUGGUCAUCUGCCGGCUUUGCAGCUGCUCCGCCACCGUCUUUGGCAAUACCCAGAUCAUCCUGCUCUGCGAGAAGGUGGCCAAGGAGGACAUCUCUGUGCGAUUCUUCGAGGAGAAGAAUGGCCAGAGCGUUUGGGAGGCCUUUGGUGACUUCCAGCACACGGAUGUCCACAAGCAGACUGCCAUUACCUUUAAGACGCCGCGCUAUCAUACCCUGGACAUCACAGAGCCCGCCAAGGUUUUUAUCCAACUGCGACGUCCCUCGGAUGGAGUUACCAGCGAGGCCCUGCCCUUCGAGUACGUGCCAAUGGACUCAGGUAAACAUACAUUCUGGAAUCUUCAUCGGCACCUCAAGCGGAAGCCGGACGAAGAUCUCUUUCAGCAGAUCCUCAGGUUGGACGCCAAACGGGAAGUGCAGCCGCCAACGAUUGAGGUUAUCGAUUUGGAUACACCGAAAAUAGAGAUGCAACGUGAGAUACCUUCGGAAAUGGACUUUAAUCAAGAGGAAUCUCAGCAAUCAGAGCCAGCUCUUGAGCAAGAGCCGUCAGUGCAUCAGGAGCAAUACACUCAAGAGCCACCAUUGCAACAGGAGCAAUAUACUCAAGAUCAAUCAUUGCAACAGGAGCCAUAUACACAAGAGCAAUCAUUACAGCAGGAUCAAUAUUUACAACAAGUAGAACAGGAGCAAUCUUUUCAGCUGGUAGAACCGAUGCAGCAGGAUCUGGAACUACCAGCGCAGCAUUCUUUCGAUCAGGCUUUAGAUCACACCUCUGAUCAUAUUCCCGAGGACAUGGAGGCGGCGGAUGCCCAUGCAGAAGCCGAGGCCCAUCGCCUGCGAUCCGAGCAGGAAAAAGAGAUUGACACCAUUAUCGAUGAAAAAGUACGAGAACUGGAGCAACUGGAUCUGGGUCAGCAUUUGGAGCCACGUCCUUUGACGGCCAACGAUAAGAUCACCGAGUGGAUGAAGUCCAGUGAGAUUGAACAGCAAGUCCAUGAACCCAGUCCCACUGCUGAGGCAGAUGUUUCGGACUCCGCCCUUGAGAUAACCAAGGCAGAUAAGACCCUCGAUGAACUCCUUGAGACCGUGGCGGAAUUGGAUGAGAUAUACACGGACUUCAAAGUUCAAAGGGAUACGUACAAGAAUACCAUACAAAAUGAGUUGGCGGGACUUCAGGGUCGUGCUCCGCUGCAGGUGGAGGAUAGCUUCGAUGACGCUGCCACCUACACAAGCUUACAGAUCGCCUUCAAGAAUCCCGUCCUCAUACCCAUGGAUGAUAUAAUGCCUCCAACUCCGCCCAUGUCGCAAUGCGCUCCCGAAGAUGCCCAUCAGCAUUACGAUCCCGUCGAGGUGAAUUCGCAGGCCCGUAAGCCGGAGACUCCGUUGCGACCAGUUCCUCCAGUCCCGCCGGCAAUUCUAACAGUUCAAUAUCCACCAGAAGAGGAGAAGUUGCCCCCAUUGCCACCGAAAAGAAUUCGAAAGCAGGACAGCAAUGCUGAGAAUCGGUCAAUCGAGGCCAAUACGGUUCAGACCAAGCCAUCUACAGGCGAGUCUCCUCUAAACAAAAGACUCCCACCCGCUCCAAAGAACCCGAACUUUAAUACUCUGCCCAGGCAGAAGAAGCCGGGAUUCUUUUCGAAACUUUUUUCGCGCCGCAAGAGCAAACCGGAUUUGGCCCAGGGGCAGGAGAACAGCUCUAUAUUGGAUUCCAAGGCAAAUAGCAGGGAGCCGAGUAUAGGUCACUUUAACAUGCAAGACCCGAUGAGGGCAUCGCUGCGCUCCUCCAAGUCAGCCGCCCCGUUCAUCUCGAAUCAAGCGCCUGCAAAAUCCAGUCCUGUCAAGGCCAAGAAACCAGGAUCAAAGCUGGCCAAGCCCGUGGGCAGGAGUGUGAGCAGUGUUUCUGGAAAGAGACCCGCCUACCUGAAUGCUGAUGUGGUGCACAUACCGCUGAAAGGUGACAGUGCCAAUAGCUUGCCACAGCAGCAGCGAACCGAGGGCUACUCCCAAUCCAGCACGAUUUCGGUGGGAGCAGGAUUGGAUAGACGCACUGCAUCUGCACUACAGCUCGCUGACAUACCAAUUAGUGAGGGCGGAAUGGAACUAGUUGCCAUUGCCGAUCGACAAAGUCUGCACAAUUUGGUCAGCUCCAUCGAGGGUCACUUCAAUGUCCAACUGGACCCCAAUCUGGACCUGACCGAGGCCGAGCACUUUGCCCUGUACACGAGUAUUCCGCCACUUGCGGCGGCCAGUGAAUUUGACGAGACCUCCGCCUACUAUGCUCCCGUGGAUGCUGGCGAGAUCCUAACGCCGGAUGAGGUGGCCAAGCGAUUGGCUGCCGCCAAUGGCAUCUAGAUUUGUUGAUUUGAUUGUUUAUAUUCUUUAUAGGCAAACGAACCGAGGAAAAUCCUCUAACGAAACCCAAUAACGAAGCAAGUUGGCUUCAAGCCAGUGGAAAUUGCAUUGUAUUUCCCGGAAUCUAUUUCCAUUAACUCUGGCGCCACAAAUUGUCCACUUGUUGUAAGGCCGGCUGGAGCGUAAUGUCUUCGGAACCUUAAUGAAUUUGUAUUUGUUUUAUAAUUGAUAAUUGUGCUAAAAGUAUCCCCAAAUAAUUUGUAAGUGAUACCAGGCAAAAGACCCAAAAGAAAUGGGUCAAACCCAAUGAAUUGUUUGUUGUCCAGGUGGCCCAUUUGAAGGGGCCCACCUAACUAUUGUAUUUAAGCGAAAUCACUCAAUUUUCAGAGUAGCGUAAGAUUUCCCAAUGGAAUCGAGUAUAUUGUUUAAAUUGAAACCGAAAACCCGAUCAUAUGUACCUACAACACGGUGUGUAUAUUUUGUCUUAUAGAUCCAGCGCACUUGAGGCGGAAACGUCAGAAGACUGGCGGUGAUCCCAUGCA